AGUUUGCCUAGGUAAGUUAAGCCACGCGUAAACUGUGUACCUUCCAACAAAAGGCCCGUUGUUUCUCUGUUACGGAGGAAAAUGAAAAAACCCUAAAUAACCCUAACCACGAAGGAUGAAGACAAUCACUGGACAGGUCCUCUCGACGAGCCAGAUAUCCCUCUCCAAAGCCGCCUCCACUCUCUCGAAAUUCGUCAAUGCCGACACCAAUGCCUCACCGGCGCUUUGCGCUUACCUUCGACGUGCUUCUGUUUCUUUUAUCGAGCUGUCUCAGCUUCACAAGGAGCUCAAAUCCGGUCGCAAACACAAAACUUCCAAGUCAGAUAUUAUUGCCGAAGAGGAAAAGCCGACCCGAAGCGUUCUAUCUAAUCAACUACCUAGUCAUCCCGAGUUGAGAGAAUCGAGUCACGGCGUCAGUAAUGGAAUAGAGAGCAAGAUAAAGAAGGAGAAGAAGGAGAAGAGGGAGAGGAGUGAGUUUGUUAACGUGAAUGGAGUUUUGGAAGUCGAGGAGAAGACGGCAAAGAAGAAAAAGAGAAAGAUUGGGGAGAUUGAAGAGGGACAGGCAAUACAUUCAGAAGAAUCACCAAUAAAGAAGAAAAAGAAAAGAAAAACUGAAGAGCACAGUUAAAUUUGGUAAAUUUUGUUUUGGGGGAAAAUGUAGGUGUGACAGCUAAAUGAGAAAUUUUAUGGGAUUGCAGUAUCGCUUAAAGAUUAGGAAGUUGCAUUUCCUGGGUAGUUUUCAACAUGAUUUUCAUAUCGCAAUGUGAUCUAUUGAUAUUUAAUUCGAUGUUAAUUUGAUUUAA